AUGAUGAAUCUUCCCGCCUUGGCAGCUUCUCUUGAGUUCUGCAUCUAUGGUCUUGUCUGGGCUUCAUGCUCGAUUGCUACCUUCAGGUGCGCGCACUCCGACGAGCCUGGGAGCAUGUCGGCAGUCUCUCUGCAAGUCGCUCUGUCUGUGAUCGUGGGGAUGAUGCUGGCGGGCUUGUCGGACAACAUUCCUGUCAUGGAGACUGUCCUGCAUCUACCAGAGAUGACCGUUGUUCGCUCGCUCGGGUGUGUGGUGCUUGCGAUCGAGUUGUUGUAUGUUGCGAAGAGGGUGAACACAGGGAUUGUCCCCGUCAUGCUCGUCACUGCCGCCUUCCCUUCCUCGAGCGUCGUCUACCAGUUCAUGGCCGCCGUCUCCAUGCUAUUGGUUUACCAGCAAGUGGAUAGCCUCGAGGGAGAGGACACGAGGCUGAAGGGAGCUGGAGGGGCGGGCUGA